GAAGGAACAAUUUGAGUGUACCCGACCCGAGUGAGGGAAGGACACAUUGUACUGCGGUAAAGUGUCUUUGCAACGUAUUCAAACACAAUGGCGAGUAAGUUUCCAGCACCUGAGGAUUUUGACGAGCAGUUCCUGACCUGCGCGAUCUGCAUGCUGAACUACCGGGACCCCAAAAUCCUGCCAUGUCUGCACAGUUUCUGUAGGGAGUGUCUGCAAGAAUGGGCCGCCAAACAACAGCCGCUGGAGUGUCCAACCUGUCGCGAACCGGUCAGACUACCAGACCAAGGUGUGGACGGACUCAGGACCAACUUCUAUGUCAACAACCUGCUGGACUUCGCGGCGGCCAAGAAAGGGGCGGAGCCAGAUCACGAAGUCGUCGCUGAAGAAACCCUCAAGGCAGAAAAAGACGCAGGUAAAUUUCAUCGCAAGCGACACUGUCCAAAACACAAGAACCAAGAACUGGUCUUCUACUGUGAGAGCUGUAACGCGUUGGUUUGCACGGCGUGUACCGUGGUCGACCAUCGACCGGGCAAAGAUCACAAUCCCGUAGAAAUCGCCACUGUCACUCAGAGAAGGAAGGCAGAACUGCUGGGACUUCUGCAAGACAUAGACCCGCGUCUGAAGAAAAUACAGGAUGCUGUGAAAGAAGUUGAUAGAAAGAUUUCUAUCUUGAUCCCUGCGAAAGAAGCAGCUACAGACCAAGCCAAGGCGUACUUCCGCAAACUUGCCGACCUUCUGCAGAAGCGUGAAGGGGAGAUUUUGAGCCAGAUUGACGAACAGUGCCGCGCGGACGGCAAGGCUCUACAGGCAAAGAAGGAAGCGAUAGAGUUCGAGUUGGCCGGACUGACGAGCGCACAGACGUUCUGCCAACAAGCUGUAGAACACGGAAGUGACGUGCACGUUCUGGAGGUGGGAAACCAAGUCCAAACAAGGGUGGAAACUCUGCUGGCAAAAGAACUGGACCUGGAGUCCGACUGGAGCGAGUUUCAGUUCGUCGAGAACACGACAGUUGUUGAUGUCAAAAAAGAAGUUGACAAUUUCGGUGUCGUAAAGACAAACGUCGACGUUUCGAAGUGCAAAGUUGCCGUAAAGCCGGCAGUCCGGGGGUUUCAGUGUGUCGCCGAGCUGACGACACUGAACAAAGAAGGCCGCCCUUGUUUUACGAACAGUAAAUCUGUCAAAGCCAAGAUGAAGAACCCGUCUGGAAAGAACUUGCCGACAGAAGUACAGAUGAAGAGCAGGGGCUUGUGGGAAAUCUCGUACACACCUGAGGUAGCGGGUAACCAUAGUUUAGAGGUCAAGGUCAACUCGCAACAAGUAGCAGGAAGUCCGUUUGAUGUUGACGUGAAGGGGAACCCCGUGUUGACAAUCGGAGAGGGGGGCAGCGGGGUGGGGGAACUGAUCUGGCCGGUAGGUGUCGCUGUUGAUAAGGACGGCAACAUCGCAGUGGUGGAGCGAGGGAACAAACGAGUUCAGAUAUUCGAUAAAGACACGGGUCAGUCUUUGCGUAGCUUCCCAGUUGAAGGUGAGAAUCCACACAGUAUUGAUGUUGACUCCGAGGGACGGUUUCAUGUGACGUCGUGGGGCGAGAAUUCCGGCUUAAGACGCUACUCCAAGGAGGGCGAACUUUUGAACACACUUAAGCCUGACUGCAUGCACGAUCCGCACGGCGUGACAGUUCUGAAGGACGGCCGUAUGGUGGUGGUGGACCGUACUCAGCAGAUAUCAUGUCUCCUCCUACAGCCUGACGGGAGCCUCAUCCGGGAGAUCGGCAAGGGGCAGUUACAGGGGCCAGCGUUCGUGUCUGUAGACGAGUCACGUGAUGUGCUGCUUGUCACAGACAAGACCGCACACAAAGUAUUCGCGUUUGACCUGGACGGAAACCUGAAGUUCGAUUUUGGUAAGGAAGGUGACAAUGAUGGCGAAUUUAGGAAACCAAAUGGUGUAACAACAGACCCGGCAGGUAACAUCAUUGUAGGUAGCGCAGAAGACGGCCGUGUGCAGGUGUUCGCGCCUGACGGGACUUUAAAACAGAAAGUGGGACCAGUCAAAGGGGGGUUUGCUAGUGGAGUCGCUCUGACUCCUGAUGGUUACAUAGCAGUGGCGUGCUUUAGAGGAAACUGUAUAGAACUGUACAGGUACAUGUGA